CGGGAGGCGAGAUGGCCGGCGAGGAACUGUGGCAGGAGUGUUGUCACUGGUUGGCGAGAAUAGAGCUUAUUACGAGAGAUCAUGUCCUUACAUCGGAAAAUGCUAAACUCGCGGACCUUUGUCGGUUUCUUAGAGACGGUGUGAUGAUCUGUAAAAUCCUCCACAUCUUGGACGAAGGUUGCAUAGACCUGAGAGCGAUCAACCAAAGGCCUCAGAAUGCUCAGUUUUUGUGUAUGAAAAACAUCAGCAUCUUUCUGAGUACGUGUGAGAAGUUUGGCCUCCACAAAGAUGACCUUUUUGAACCGCAGAUGCUCUUUGAGCUCACCGACUUUGGAAAGGUUUUAUCAACUCUCUCCAAGCUUAGCAAAACCCCAAAGGCUCAGCAGCUGCAAGUGGAAGGAUUUCCACUUGUUAAUGGAAGAUAUGAUGAGGCCAUAUAUGACACGCUUGUCAAAGACAUAGAGAACCACAAUGUAGAAGCUCCAAACACUCCAACUGUGUCUGCGGGGAACGGCCUCCGCUUUGGCACUAAUCACAACGCGUUAGGCCUUCCUUCUCGGAGACGGCACAACUCCGAUGAGGCAGUCUAUGAAUCGCUAUGUUAUGUGACUCUCAAGCCAAAGGAGGAACUGGCCAGGGACUUACCGAGGGAGAAACGAGACCUUUGCCUGCAGGAGCUCAUAGAGACUGAAAACAAUUAUGUCGAAGCACUCGAGAUGCUCACGAAUAAGUUCCUCAGACCACUUAGAGAACUAAUUGAAGAAAGUCAGAUUGUGAAAAUUUUUUCAAAAAUACCGGAAUUAGCCAAGAUUCAUAGAAUUCUACAUCAGGGUCUAAAGAAAGCACAAAACAACCCCCAUGCCUACAGUGUGUCUCAAGUCUUCCUUGAUAACCAGGAAAAGCUUUUAGUUUAUGGAGAGUAUUGUGCUAAUCUCACCUCAGCUCAGCAAGAGUUAGAAGACACUAUGAAGAACAAUGAUGCUGCACGACAAAAGAUUCAGGAAUGUCAGAAGGAAGUCAGUAAAGGAAGGCACCAGUUACGAGAAUAUUUAGUUGUGCCUCUACAGAGAAUUUUGAAGUAUCACCUUUUAUUACGAGAACUUAUUAGAUACACAUCAGCAAACCAUCCAGAUUUAGAGAACUUAAAAAAGGCACAUGAAGCAAUGAUGGAUCUAGCUGACUAUAUCAAUGAGGUUAAACGAGAUAAUGAAAUGCUACAAAUAAUUGAAGACAUUCAGACAAGUAUCAUGGACAUUCCUGAGGAACUAAGACGAAGAGAGGAACUUGGGAAACUAAGGCUGGACGGAGAAAUAAAGAUUGAAUGUCACCCAGAACCCAAUAAGAAAAGAUACGUUUUCGCUUGUUUUUAG